GACGGAGUGCCAACAACAACAACAAAUCUAACGAUAUUUAUCUCUAAACUCGCGCCCGGUGACAUAAGACUCAAGUAGGAUAACUCCCAACUGCAUUACUUUGACAAGCCAGCGCGACUGGAGAGGCUCAUGUUUAGACUUGAAUUCUUCUGUUAGUGAAUUCGACAUUAAUUCGAUCUACAUUAUUUUAAAAUACUCAUGCCACCGUGAAAAUGUAUGUACACAUUUCUAAUUCUAUCCCAAGACAGUUACGAAAUAUACCAAUGCUUUACUGAAAUACUCUAUGAAGUGGAUAUCGCCUGAAGCACAGACAUUUUGGGUUUUUAUUUGAAAUCCUUUAUAUUUGAAUAUCAGCUUUCGGUAGAGAUAUAUUUUGCAGAUAUCUGAGGAAUUUCUUAGUAUUUCUACUUUGAUAUUUGUUGUUUUUCAUUCUCAGAACAGAAAUUUUCGUUGAAAACAAAUACUUUAAGUUUUCUUUUUGUAUUUGUUUACAAAUCUCUAACUGUGAUACUUUCGGAUUUUAUAAAUGUAUAAUAUUUGUUUCUAAUCGACUAGUCCAUAUCUUCUAGCAUGAAUUUCUCUGAACUCUAUCGCCAGUCUAAUCAACUGUGCGAAUUUUCACCGAACGGUGAAUUCUUGGCUAUUGGUAGCCAUUACAAAUUAAUUAUUCGCAAUGUUAUCACCUCACAAAUUGAACAUCUUUUCACUUGCAUGGAUUUUAUUCAAUACAUAGAAUGGUCCCGUGAUUCAAGUUUGAUUCUCUGUGGCAUGUUUAAACGAGGUCUUGUGCAGGUAUGGUCCCUGAAAUAUCUUGACUGGUCGUGCAAAAUAGACGAAGGAUCUGCUGGACUUCGAAAUGUUCAUUGGGGUCCAGAUGGACUUCACAUCUUAACCACUGCUGACUUCAACCUUCGUAUAACUGUUUGGUCGCUCACCAACAAGAGUAUAUCAUAUAUACGGUACCCCAAACAGUGCGAAAAGGGGUACGACUACAGUCAAGAUGGCCUGUUCAUGGCGCUGGCAGAACGCCGCGAUUGUAGUGACUUUAUAAGUAUUUUUGCUUGCAAAUCUUGGGAAUUAAUUAAACACUUUUCUUGUGCUACCGAUGACCUCAAUGGUUUGAAAUGGUCACCUAGUGCCAGAAUUUUAGCUGUUUGGGACUCUUUACUCGUGUACAAAAUUUUAAUGUAUUCUGCUGAUGGUUAUCUUCUUCGAAAAUAUUCCCCCUAUGAACAUGCUUUGGGUAUAAAAUGUGUAUCUUGGUCGCCAACGGGACAGUUUCUUGCUAUCGGAAGCUUUGACGAAAAAGUUCGCUUGUUGAAUAAUAUUUCGUGGAAGACAUCGAUGGAGAAGGGUCACCCACUGGUGGUAAAACCAGAUAAAGUAACGAUAUAUAAAGAAGAAGUUAGUAUGGGCCCUUUACCGACAUCUUUUGAGGAAAUAUCAAGUGCUAUGGUGGCACUAUGUUCUAAAGAAAGUAAGUAUCAUAUUGUGAAAGAAGCCUUAGAAAUUCCCAACAUCAAGCCUUCUUUAAACAAGGCUAACCCUGAACUUGGAGUUAGCCAGGUUGAAUUCAGCUGCAAUUCUCGUUAUUUCUACACCAAGAAUGACAAUAUGCCUUGUGUUUUAUGGAUAUGGGAUGUCAAAAACCUCUGUUUGUCUCACAUUCUCGUUCAUUUAUCGCCUAUUAAACAUGUUCGUUGGGAUCCAACCUCCGUACGAUUGGCUCUUUCUACAGGGAACAAGCAGUUAUAUAUGUGGACUCCAUCGGGUUGUUUGAGUGCAGAGAUCCCCAUAGAUGCCAUGUUUCAAGUGAACACCCUAAAAUGGCAUCCUGACGGUAGUGCAUUAGUUUUGAUUGGUAAAGAAAAGACGUGCAUUUCUUAUUUAACAGGAGAACAAACGGAUGAUCAAUGACAACCAGUAAAGCAUAUCAGCUAUCUUUUGUAAAUUGUUUUCCUAUCUAUUUUUUAUUUUUCACCCCCUCCCCCCUCAUAUGCAAUAUAACCAAAACAAGCGAAAAUUAUCAUGAAUGAAAAUGUGAAACAGUUUUUCUCUUUUUCAUUUUAAAAUUGAUAUUUGCAGAACUGAGAAAACUCCAGGAAAAUGAACAUGUAAUUGCCUUAUUUUUAAUAAGUAAUAUCUUUUGUAGCAUGUUCUUGCUCUGAAAUUAGAAACUUUCAGCUGCAUUGAUUUUGCUCAUUUUUAAUUUGAGCUUUUAUAUUUUUAAAAAUUCAAUUGUAUCAUAAACCCUUUCUUUUUUUUGUAACAUUUUUAUGACUGAUUAAAUUAUUUUUUGGUAAUAAUGUUUUAUUUUGUCUAUACAUCAGAAAACUAAUGCAUAAAUCAUAUGUAUUAAAUCUUUGUAACGCCCA